ACCCUAGGCAAACCAGUUCAACCAUGUUUAUUUAGUGCAUAGUGCAAUAAUAUGUAUGAAUCCAUAAUUAUUAGAUGUAUAUUGUCUUUACAUAAAACCGGAAGUUAUGCAGACAACAGCUACCCCGGCUUUGUCAGUGACACUAAAAAAAAUACAGUACUCGAAAGUCAUCUUUCCGUACUUAUUUAAAACAUUUUUUUACUGCUUUUCUUCCCGGUUGUUUUUUUAGUUUUACAGCGCAAUUUAGGGAAAAACACUACCGGGUAAGACGCUUGCUGAUGACGUAAUUGGUGGCCGCCGGGUUGUUGGUGUUACUAUUGGAGGCCUUGAUGGGGUUUACACCCGAAUAGAGAAUCCGCGAAAGCGAUAGACCCUGUUUCAAGAAAGGGAAGGCUCAGGGCAGAAUAUACAUAGCAACUCCAGUGCCCAGGACUCCCAGCACCGAAAGUGGGGCGCAUCAGGCAUACACUUGGAUUUGAACUCAUACAAUGACAUCCAGGAGGUGGUUUCACCCAAAUAUCACAGGUGUUGAGGCAGAAAAUCUUCUCCUUACACGUGGCGUGGAUGGAAGUUUCCUGGCACGUCCCAGCAAAAGUAAUCCUGGGGAUUUCACACUUUCAGUGAGGAGGAAUGGAGCAGUGACGCACAUAAAGAUCCAGAACACUGGUGACUAUUAUGAUUUAUAUGGAGGAGAGAAGUUUGCCACACUCGCUGAACUUGUUCAGUAUUACAUGGAACACCAUGGGCAGCUGAAGGAAAAGAAUGGGGAUGUUAUUGAGCUGAAGUAUCCACUGAAUUGUGCUGACCCCACUUCUGAAAGGUGGUUUCAUGGGCAUCUGUCAGGGAAAGAAGCUGAGAAACUCUUAACAGAAAAGGGUAAACAUGGCAGCUUUUUAGUGCGUGAGAGCCAGAGUCACCCUGGAGAUUUUGUUCUUUCUGUACGCACCGGAGAUGACAAAGGAGAAAGCAAUGAUGGCAAGUCCAAGGUGACGCAUGUCAUGAUACGAUGUCAGGAUGUAAAAUAUGAUGUUGGCGGAGGAGAGAAAUUUGAUUCUCUGACAGAUCUUGUGGAACACUACAAGAAGAACCCUAUGGUUGAGACGCUAGGAACCGUUCUACAGUUGAAGCAGCCUUUAAAUACAACACGAAUCAACGCAGCAGAAAUUGAGAGCCGGGUAAAAGAACUUAGCAAACCAGCAGAGACUGCAGAUAAAUUUAAGCAGGGUUUCUGGGAAGAAUUUGAGACUUUACAGCAGCAGGAAUGCAAACUCUUGUACAGCCGAAAGGAAGGACAGAGACCUGAAAACAAAAACAAGAAUCGCUAUAAGAAUAUUUUACCUUUUGAUCAUACUAGAGUUAUUCUUCAUGAUGGUGAUCCCAAUGAACAAGUAUCUGAUUACAUCAAUGCCAAUACUAUAAUGCCUGAAUUUGAAACAAAAUCCAACAACCUUAAACCCAAGAAGCGUUAUAUUGCUACUCAGGGAUGUCUGCAGAAUACGGUGAAUGAUUUCUGGAGAAUGGUUUUUCAGGAAAAUUCCAGAGUAAUAGUAAUGACCACAAAAGAAGUAGAAAGGGGAAAGAGUAAAUGUGUAAAAUAUUGGCCUGAAGAAUUUGCACUAAAGGAAUAUGGAGUAAUGCGUGUAAGAAAUGUGAAAGAAACUCCAGCUCAUGAUUAUAUAUUAAGAGAGCUUAAACUUUCAAAAGUAGGACAAGGGAACACUGAGAGGACUGUGUGGCAAUACCAUUUCAAGACCUGGCCAGAUCACGGAGUGCCCACGGACCCAGGUGGUGUUUUGGAUUUUCUAGAAGAAGUUCAUCACAAGCAGGAUAACAUUUCUGAUCCUGGGCCUGUUGUUGUUCACUGCAGUGCUGGAAUUGGGCGGACCGGGACAUUCAUUGUGAUUGAUAUUCUCAUCGACGUCAUACGGGAAAAAGGUGUAGACUGUGACAUUGAUGUUCCAAAGACUAUCCAGAUGGUGAGAUCGCAAAGAUCAGGAAUGGUUCAGACAGAAGCACAAUACCGAUUUAUAUACAUGGCAGUACAGCACUACAUAGAAACGUUACAACGCAGAAUUGAAGAAGAGCAGAAAAGUAAAAGGAAAGGACAUGAAUACACUAACAUCAAGUACUCCCUUGCUGAGCAGACAGGUGAUCAGAGCCCACUCCCACCAUGUACGCCAACACCAUUACCAACUCCAACUUGUCCAGAAAUGAGAGACGAUGCCGGCAGAGUGUAUGAAAAUGUGGGCCUAAUACAACAGCAGAAAAGCUUCAGAUGAAGUGAAGACUAGAGCAUUAUUUGUAAAGACGGAAACGUAUAAUGAAAAAAGGCAAAUGAAUAUGAAGAAACGCAAUGGGAAUUACUACAUCUGACUUUUUAAAGGCACUGUUCCUUUAAGCAAACUGUGUCAAGUCCCUAAACCGUGAAUAGAUUAUGAAAGAAGACCAUUUGGAAAUCCUUUGUGUCCUCCAUAUUUUGCUUGAUUCGGACCAGCUCAUUCUUCACGCAGAAGCAUAUUCAUCUCUACAAUGUAGAUAACAUAUUUUGUAGAUUCUAGCAGUCAGACUGUUAUUGUGACAGAUAUGUUCUCUUCUUUACAGAGUGCUCCCUAUAAACGUAUUGUGGACACUGUGGGGGGAGCUUAUUGGUUUCAUUAUAAAAAAAACAAAAUGAAUGCACAAAUACUAUGGGAACAAAUUCUCUAUCUUAACAGUUCAGUCGGUGCCCUAGAAAAUCACCUAGUAACAAUUUCUAGUUUGUAAUGAAUGCUUUGCUUUCUUUUCAUUAUAUGCCUCGCUAACAUAGAUGUGUGUAAUAUCUACACCCUUAGCAAUCUUAAGGUGCUUUCUUUUCUUUUUUCUGCCAUAAGAAACAUUUUCUUAUUCAAGCAGGGAAUCAGAAAGACAAAUAGUGUAUAAACAGCAUCCUUUAACAUAGUGCCAAUUCACAAAUUUCAUGAAGACACCGCUGCCUCUGAUCCAAAAUGAUAUAAUGAUCAUGCAGUGUUGUGUUGGAUGUUGAAACACAGCAAAAUACAUAAAUGCAAUCAGAUGCACUUUACAAAUGUUUUUAUCUUUAACCCACUCUGCUCCGUGAUGGUCACUGAGAGCAUUUCAGAGUUUGAAAUUGACCAGCUGCCCUUGACUGUAUAGGAGAAGUCAGUGUUGUUACAUUACCCACAACUUAUUGCAUUUAUUGGUGAAGUACAGUACUCCUGUCUCAUUGCACUAAACCAAGUUAUGGAUAGUCAUUACAUUUUCUUGAAAGGCAACUGUGGUAUAGCUUUGUCAUGGCAGGAUCUUUAAAACUCUUUUUCCUUAAAGUGCCUUUACAGUCAUAGCUCACCUGCGGCCAGUUUGUGCUUCAUCAUAUGAGGCCUCCUUCUGCCCAUGAUCUUUUGGACUGACACAGUGAAUGCAGUAACUAAAUAGUAUUUAACUUGUCUCAUACAUCUGAAUAUUCCGUUACUAUAUUCUUCAGCUGCUUUGCCAUAAUGUACAUUUCUCUCCAUCCAUGUGACAUUUUUUCUCUCCCACUCAUUGAUGCUUUUGUUACCACUUUGCCUUCUUACUCAGCUUUAUGGAUUUGUGAAGCUUGCAGUUGAUGUACCAGGAAUAAAUCAAAGGGGCUCAGAGUAAAAAAAGAAAAUAAACAAAAAACGGUGUAACAUGAGCUUGCGCUCUAAUGUGCAGUCCUAUAUAGCGUGCCACUUGUACACAAUAUAAAGAAAGUAUUUUACAUUUACUGAGUGAAGUAUCUGCCAUCCCUGUUUUUGAAUGUCACUAGUUUAAUUCAGUUUGCAAAUGUGGCUGUGAUAACAGUGGAAGUGGGUGGUCCUUAAUUUAAUAGGCGUGUCUCAGCUAUCUGUAUAUUUCACACAGUGUUAUGCAAGAACAUUAAUCCUGUUGCAGUACAGUUUGUAAGACACUCAGUAUUUAAGCCAUAAGCACUUGAAUGUUAAUAACUAGAAUUAUUAAACAUCAGUAUAUUUGCUCUGAAGUCAUUUUUCUGCGUUCAGUGAAGUGAAUGACCAUCAUUUUUUCCUCUCCAGCUAUUUAUAUUACAGUAUUUUGAAACACAGAAAAAUAUGUUCCAGUUCAUGCAAAAUCCAGAUUAAAGUUUUGCUUUGCACACAAUUUUCAGCUUCGUAAUAGGGUAUUCGUAAAAUGGUGGAUCUUCUUGGACAGAACUAUAGAAUGUGGUUUAUGAUUGUUAUUUGAUAUAAUUUAAUAGAUUUAAAAAAGGAACCGAUGGAUUAAUAUACCUUUUGUUUUAUCUGCGAUUGAAUGAUUAAUCAGGUAUCUGUUUAGCUGCAUCCACCACGUUUGUCUGGUUUAAAUUCUAUCACCUGUAUACACUUAAUUCCUGCAUCUGUAAAUCAACAAAAAGCUUUGGAUUGCUAAAAGGGUAAAAUACUAUUAAAGGAUUGUUUUGCUGCCAUUUAGAAGGAUGUUGGCUUAUAAUUCCAUUGGCUGUUUAACUCAUGGGCAGUUAAAUGGGUAUGGAAGUGACUAUCUGUUAUAAAACAUUUAAAACCUGAUUAUUAUUUUUUAUUUUUAGUAGAAUAAAUUUAAAUGUGUAAAUGAAACACUGUUGCUGAAAGAAGUUCAACCAGAUGGACUUCAGUGACCACUCAUCUAAAGUGUGUUUAGAUUUAGUGCUGAAAUCUUAAUUAAGCAUUUUUUUUGGUGGCUUUAGGAUUGUUACAUAUCUUUAAACAACCAAGAUUUUAUAGUGUUAUUUUCAACAUAUUUACCAUGUAUAUCCCUUUAUGUUCUUUGACAAAUACAUUUUGAUUAAAGGGAUACUUAAACCCAUUUUUAUCUCUCAUGAUUCAGAUAGAGCGUGUCAUUUCAGGCAAUUUUCUAAUUUACUCCUAUUAUCAAUUUUUCUUCUUUCUCUUGGUAUCUUUAUUUGAAAAUUCAAUAAUGCUUAGGACACUGGGUAGCGCUUGCUGAUUAGUGGCUACAUUAAGCUACCAAUCAGCAAAUGCUACCAGGUGCUUAACCAAAAAUGGGCAAGCUUUACAUUCCUGCUUUUUAAACAACAAUAGCAAGAGAACGAAGAAAAAUUGAUAAUAGGAGUAAAUUAGAAAGUUGCUUAACCCCUUAAUGACCGGACCAUUUUUCAGUUUUCUUACCCUUAAUGACAAUGGCUAUUUUUACAUUUCUGCAGUGUUUGUGUUUAGCUGUAAUUUUCCUCUACCUCAUUUACUGUACCCACACAUAUUAUAUACCUUUUUUCUCGCCAUUAAAUGGACUUUCUAAAGAUACCAUUUUUUUCAUCACAUCUUAUAAUUUAAUAUAAAAAAUAUAUAAAAUAUGAGGAAAAAAUGGAAAAAAACACACUUUUUCUAACUUUGACUUCCAAAAUCUGUUACACAUCUACAACCACCAAAAAACACCCAUGCUAAAUAGUUUCUAAAUUUUGUCCUGAGUUUAGAAAUACCCAAUGGUUACAUGUUGUUUGCUUUUUUUGCAAGUUAUAGGGCAAUAAGUACAAGUAGAACUUUGCUAUUUCCAAACCACUUUUUUCAAAAUUAGCGCUAGUUACAUUGGAACACUGAUAUCUGUCCGGAAUCCCUGAAUAUCCCUUGACAUGUAUAUAUUUUUUUUUAGAAGACAACCCAAAGUAUUGAUUUAUGCCCAUUUUGGUAUUUUUCAUGCCACCAUUUCACUGCCAAAUGCGAGCAAAUAAAAAAAAAUGUUAACUUUUUCACAAAUGUUGUCACAAACUUUAGGUUUCUCACUGAAAUUAUUUACAAACAGUUUGUGCAAUUAUGGCACAAAUGGUUGUAAAUGCUUCUCUGGGAUCCCCUUUGUUCAGAAAUAGCAGACAUAUAUGGCUUUGGCGUUGCUUUUUGGUAAUUAGAAGGCCGCUAAAUGCAGCUGCGCACCACACGUGUAUUAUGCCCAGCAGUGAAGGGGUUAAUUAGGGAGCUUGUAGGGAGCUUGUAGUGUUAAUUUUAGCUUUAGUGUAGUGUAGUAGACAACCCAAAGUAUUGAUCUAGGCCCAUUUUGGUAUAUUUCAUGCCACCAUUUCACCGCCAAAUGCGAGCAAAUAAAAAAAAAAAGUGACAUUUUUCACAAUUUUAGGUUUCUCACUUAAAUUAUUUACAAACAGCUUGUGCAAUUAUGGCACAAAUGGUUGUAAAUGCUUCUCUGGGAUCUCCUUUGUUCAUAAAUAGCAGACAUAUAUGGCUUUGGCGUUGCUUUUUGGCAAUUAGGAGGCCGCUAAAUGCUGCUGCGCACCACACUUGUAUUAAGCCCAGCAGUGAAGGGGUUAAUUAGGUAGCUUGUAGAGAGCUUGCAGGGUUAAUUUUAGCUUUAGUGUAGAGAUUAGCCUCCCACCUGACACAUCCCACCCCCUGAUCCCUCCCAGACAGCUCUCUUCCCUCCCCCACCCCACAAUUGUCCCCGCCAUCUUAAGUACUGGCAGAAAGUCUGCCAGUACUAAAAUAAAAGGUGUUUUUUUUUUUGUUUUUUUGUUUUUUUAAUUAUUCAGCUGUGAUGGACCCCUGCCUUAACCCCCAACCUCCCUGAUCCCCCCCAAACACCUCUCUAACCCUCCCCACCUACCUAAUUGCCACCAUCUUGGGUACUGGCAGCUGUCUGCCAGUACCCAGUUUUCCCCAAAAAAUAAAGUGUUUUUGCAUGUUUUAUUUUUAUUUUUUCUGUAGUGUAGCUGCCCCAACAAACCCCCCCACCCCACCCCCCACCAGAUCCUGAUCCUGAUCCUUUAUUUAAAAAAUUCUGCCCCCCUCCCUCUUACCAAAAUUCAUUGGUGGCAUUGCCAGUGAUUGCUGCACGCGCGCACACAGCCCCCCGCACGCUCCCGGCAUCCGGCGUGCACAAUGCACUUAAAGGAACCGGAUGCCGGGUAGCGAUGGGUCGCCCACCCUCCUCCCUGUAAGCUCCCACCCACCAACGAACGGCCGCAUCGCUACCGGUGCAGAGAGGGCCACAGAGUGGCUCUCUCUGCAUCGGAUGCUUUCUAAAGGGUAUUGCAGGAUGCCUCAAUAUCGAGGCAUCACUGCAAUACCCUGAGAGCUGCUGGAAGCGAUUGCGAUCGCUUCCAGCACUCUCUAAGACAACUGACGUACCAGGUACGUCCAUUGUCACUAACUGCAAGUUUUUGCAGGACGUACCUGGUACGUCAGUUGUCAUUAAGGGGUUAAAACUGCAUGCUCUAUCUGAAUCAUGGAAGAAAAAAUUGUGUUUAGUGUCCUUUUAAAUAUUCAUACUAUUUGGAGAUCGACAGCCAAGUCACAGUUUUUUUCUGUGAUUUUAUUCCAUAUCAAUUUGUAGGAUGUCUUAUUUUUACAAUAACUUAAUUUUAUUGCCAUAUGGGUAACCAGUUUUUUGUUAUUCCUCAGAUUAUUAAUUUAUGUUAAAAAAAUCAGACAAAUAUUUGAAAAAAUUAAACUACUGUAUUUUUAUUUUAUAGUUCAAUCAAAUACAAUGCUUAGUCAAACGUACAAAAACUAUAAAAACUUGACCUGUCCAUCACACACACAAAUUUUUGCGACAUCAUCAGUGAUACCAUUAAUGAUCUAAUUUACCACAUUAUCAGAUGACAUCAUUACUCCAUUAAUUACAUUAUUGCUAACCGCAUAACAUAAAGAUAUUGGCAAUACAAGAAGGAUUAUAUAUUACAAUGUAUUCUUUAUAAACAAUAAAUAAAUUAAAAUCAUAUCUUAUGUCAUAAUACAA